CAUUUUUCCGCUGGCUGAGAAAACUCGCGAACGCACCCUUAGUUUUGACCGGCGAUGACCGCUACCCGCGAUCGACGUGGACGAUGUGACCAAUUCAACCACCUCGACUUGUAGACUUACCACCGACGACUACUGACUACCAUUACUACUACUACUACUAUCACUACCAUCCAGUUAUCUGUCUAUUCAUCCACCCGUUCACGGGACUCUGCGCCGUCGGAGAACGACUCGGUCGCGCAUACUAUGGACUUCACGCUACCUCACGUGCGAGGACUAAAGCUGCCUCGCCCGACCGCUCCCAGAGCCACUCUGGACAAGAACAAUCAUGAAGGACCGGUGAAUAGCCUAGCGUGGAGUUGUGACGGUCAUCACCUGGCGACAGGCGGCGAAGACAAGACGGUCAAGAUAUGGCAGUUCAAGCACGGUGCAGUCCCGCCUUUUUCCCUCGUCAAGACGGACGGGUCGACCAUCCUGCAAAGCGCCGAUCCUAGAGAUCUUUCCGCCCAAGAUUCUCCCGCAACGACCUCGACCGCUCCCAUCACAGCUUUGGCCUUCUCUCCUCGACAUCCAGAUAUCCUUGCGGUGGCUUCUCACGUUGAAGGUUGGAACCCUGCAGCUCAUGGUGUAGAGGGAGGCUUACACGGGGUGCACGUGGUACACGGGUCGGGAAGUCGGUCAGGGCGUGACGCCGCUCGGUCCGGUGAAGAGAAGAUGCAGAAGGUGCCGAUGCAGCGGCCUCGAGUGACGAUCUGGAAUAUCAAGACACGCCGUCCGAUCUCUACCAUCUUGCUUUCCCACAACCCCGUCUCCAUGACGUUUCAUCCGUCGGCCUAUCAACUCCUUAUCGUUUGCAUGGACAAGACCGCGGUGGACUAUGGCGUAUUCUGUUGGCAAAAAGAGACGAGUAUCACGGCCGAAGCGAUCAACGAGACGUACGGUUCACCUCUAGAUCGCGAAGUUCAACCUACCGAUACCAUCGACCCCGCCUCAAAUUUCCUCAAGGAUGACACGGCGAUUGAUGCGGCGGAGCGCCGAAAGCGAAAAGAGGAUGUCGAAUCUAGACUGGCCCACCAGCGUCGAGUCGAAACGGAAGGCGAUGAAGGAUGGACGAUACGUCGGGAUGUAGAGCUCGUUCUGAAGGAGCGGUCCGAAGAGAUGCGGGGUCGUGGUUUUGACGGUGGUGUAAGCGAGCUCAACGGCGCCUGCUUCUCACCUUGCGGAACUCGUCUCUACACCGGUAACCACGAUGGUACCGUUCAUCUCUGGCAUUACCCUACGGCGCCUAACGCCGGACCAUCGACCCAAUCGGCUGGAUCGCCUAUGGCCGUCGAAGCCGAUCCGCCCUCGGUAUCCGAGUCGACACAGAUCGCUCGUGUCGAGGCUGAGAACGAGGAAACGGUCCAGGGUGAUAUGGAUACGUCCGGCGAAGUUGUUCAAAGAGCGAAUAUGGCCAGCGAGUCUGCUGAAGCCAUCUCGACUCCUCCCGAAGGUCACAACCAGAAAGCGGAAGAUGGCGGAGUGAUUCCUCGAUCGCCGGUGUUACCGGACCAAGCAGCUGAAGUGACGAAGAUGCCGUUGGUAUGGUUGAAGUGCAUCGAGACGAAUCAGGGUUGCGUGAACUGUAUCGAGAUGGAUCCGAGAAGACGAUUUUUUGUUACAGGUGGUUCCGAGGGUCUUGUUGCCGUUUGUACCCUUGCAGAUGGGGUACCGUUUACGACUUUCAGCACAUAUACGGAAGAGAUCAAAUACGUCAAACUAAGUUGGAACGGAGAGGUUUUGGUGAUUGCAGGGAGCGACCGUGUUGAGUUAGUCAACGUGAUCGAUGGAGACGUGAGGCGUAUAGAGGUCGAUGGACGGGUACAGGCCGUCCAGUGGUCGCCGGCGCGACUAGUUCUGACUUGGGUUUCUGUCAAACCAGGCGAAACGUCAGCCAAGUGGUAUUCGUUGCAGAUGUAGAGGUACGAUGUCGUACCAUAUGUAUUGUUGAAGGAUGUCUUCCCCCAAUAGGAAAGCGCAGAGCGACGCUACAGCUCGUAACGUACGACGACCUCGCUGCAACCCAGCGAUGUAUACCUCCCAGCCUGAAAGUCGAUUCUGGUACCAUUGACCUAACGCCGUCGCGGUACCCUCAUCCCAGCCCGUAACAGUAGUAGCAAACAAU